UGCCUUUCCCCUGUCACGAGGUAAACUAAAUUGGAAGCAGAAUUGGAAAAUAUGACAUGCUGAACAAGACCCAGUGACAUCAAGGACUAUGCAUUUAUCCGCUAUUAAAUUAUUAAGAUAAUGCAUGAUUUGCCAUAACUGUGAUCUAUUGGUGCUUUGAAUUUAUAAUAAGUAUCACUCGUUAUUUUCGCGCGGCGUGCUCAUUCCAUCUUGAGAGACGGCACAUCGUAGUGGUUCCAUUGAGUUCAACUUUAACAUUUGGCUCAAUUUCUGUACGAAUAAUUGCUUGCAAUUAGGCUACGUCCUGCAUUCCAGGUGUACAUGCAGCUAUGAGGAAUAGAGGGUACAUUUUUCAAUGUCUACUCAUCUGCCUCACAUUGACGCUCCUCUUGCAAACGAGGCCAGUGAUUGCUGAUCCUACAACAGAUGCCUUCAAGAACAAUAUCACUCUCUUCACACGGAUCCUUGACAGACUUCUAGAUGGCUAUGAUAAUCGUCUUCGACCCGGCCUUGGGGAUCGUAUAACAGAGGUGAAUACAAAUGUCUACGUCACCAGCUUUGGCCCAGUUUCUGAUACAGACAUGGAAUACACCAUAGACGUGUUCUUCCGGCAAAGCUGGAAAGACGAGAGGUUAAAAUUCGACGGGCCCAUGAACAUACUGCGGCUGAACAACUUGAUGGCCAGUAAAAUAUGGACGCCAGACACGUUCUUCCACAAUGGGAAGAAGUCAGUGGCUCACAACAUGACCAUGCCCAAUAAACUACUGAGGAUUCAAGACGAUGGCACCCUGCUUUACACCAUGAGGUUGACGGUUCACGCAGAGUGUCCGAUGCAUCUUGAGGACUUCCCCAUGGACUUCCACUCAUGUCCCCUGAAGUUUGGCAGCUAUGCCUAUACAAUGUCAGAGGUGACUUACGUCUGGACUAGUAAGGCUGCCGACUCUGUGGUGGUGGAAGGAGAGAGCUCCCGUUUGAACCAGUACGACCUGCUCGGCCAAACAGUGGGCCAAGAAACCAUCAAGUCCAGCACAGGCGAAUACACUGUCAUGACGGCACAUUUCCAUUUGAAGCGGAAGAUUGGAUACUUUGUGAUCCAGACCUAUCUACCAUGCAUUAUGACCGUCAUCCUCUCCCAAGUGUCCUUCUGGCUGAACAGAGAGUCCGUGCCAGCUAGGACUGUGUUUGGUGUAACCACUGUCCUGACAAUGACCACCCUGAGUAUAAGUGCUCGUAACUCCCUCCCCAAGGUGGCCUACGCCACGGCCAUGGACUGGUUCAUCGCUGUCUGCUACGCCUUUGUCUUCUCUGCCCUCAUCGAGUUUGCCACCGUCAACUACUUCACAAAGCGCGGCUGGGCCUGGGAUGGGAAGAGCAUUGUGAAUGACAAGAAAAAAGAGAAGGCCUCCACCAUGAAGAAGAACAACGCGUACGCCGUGGCGGUGGCCAACUAUGCGCCCAACAUCACCAAGGACUCUGGGUUGUCCACCAUCGCCAAAGGUGGCGCCGUUGACCCCAACAUGGCGGUUGGCAAGGUGGGUGGCAAAACGGACCCAAAGAAGACUUUCAACAGUGUGAGCAAAAUCGAUAGGAUUUCAAGGAUUAUGUUCCCAGUCCUGUUUAGCAGCUUCAAUUUAGUCUACUGGGCCACGUACCUAAACAGAGAACCGUAUAUAAAGGAUAUGGUGCCCUCAACCUAGAGGUCUCUCCCUCCUGCAUUGUAAUACAUCUGAAUUACGGAACUAAAAUACUUACCAAAUAUGACCAGUAUCUGCUAACUCUUGGUUUGUUGGUACAAGACAGACAAGCCCUGGAUUGCUUUCUCUCCCCCUCUGUCCUGUUUUUUUCUACACCACAUUCUGCAGUGCUUUUGGAAACAACUGCUUUUGUAAAUAUAGAUGUAUUUAUAGUCAUGACUUGUGUGUUUGGUUAUGUAAAUCAUUGAACAAUACAUUUAUUUUAUCUUAUGGUUUUAUUGACCAGUGAUGUUUACAUGUUUGAAAAAUCUACGAAAGGAACCUUGAGAUGUUUAUUUGCAGAAUCGAGAGAUUUAAGUCAAAACAUACUUUUUUUUAAUAGUUUAAAAAAUAUAUUUCUUAUGUUAACCUUUUUUUGUGGGCUAACAAUUUAAUGUUUCUCAUUAACCAGGGAUUUCUCAUUUAAGGUAUGAAGUUCUUUUUCUAUACAAGCCAAUGCAAAAAAAGAGUAAUCUUUUUUUAAUGCUUUUGUUGUAUUGCAAUGUAACUUAUUAUUGUUAAACAAAAUAUCAACAUAAGCAAAACAAACCAUACUGUGUAAUAAUGUUUCAAGUUGAUUAUUAUCAUUUUUUAUAUUUUAUACAUACUCCGUCGAAGGCAGGUGCCAUCUUCCUCACACAAAACAGCACUGAACUGUGCAGAAAGACCACGGGAAAUACUGCAGCAUGAUAAUCUGCUGCGUGGUUUAUUUGGUAACCUUUCUUCUAUGAUAUACAUGUAAUGGAUAAGGCGAUAUUAUGUGCCAGAGCAUGACAAUGCGUUACACACACACAUUUACACGCUACUCAAACACUAGCAAGAGUUAUCAAAACUCAGAACGACAGAUUUUUACUUUGUCAGCUCAGGGAUUCGAUCUAGCAACCUUUCAGUUACUGGCCCAAUGCUCUAACUACUAGGCUACCUGCCGCCCCAUAUUGAGCACCUAGAACUGAAUGCUAACUUGAUAAGCUUCUGUAACUUAUUUUGUCAUGAAAAAUAUAUAGGUGAACUGCUUUUGAAUCAGGGGUUGGAACCAAAAUUAAAAACAAAUUAUAUAAAAAGUCGCCCUGCAAAGACAUGCUAAACUUUGGGAAUAGUGCAGCGUUUUACAGCAUUGCAACCAUAGGAAAAAAUACAUUGGAUCAUUUGAUGCAUUUUCUGUAAAUGUUUUUGUUAUUUAUAACAGGAUUUAUUAUGAAAGAUUGCACAAAUACUGCUAUGUUGAAAAUAAUGUACAGUAACAGUCAAAAGUUUGGACAAACCUACUCAUUCCCGAGUUUUUCAUUAUUUUGACUAUUUUCUGCAUUGUAGAAUAAUAGUGAAGACAUCAAAACUAUGAAAUAACAUAUGGAAUCAUAUAGUAACUUAUAAAAAAGUGUCAAAUCAAAAUAUAUUUUAUAUUCUUCAAAGUAGCCAACCUUUUCACUGAUGACAGCUUUGCACACUCUUGACAUUCUCUCAACCAUCUUCUUGAGGUAGUCACCUGGAAUGCAUUUCAAUUAACAGGUAUGCCUUGUAAAAACUGAAUUUGUGGAAUUUCUUUCCUUCUUAAUGCGUUUGAGCCAAUCAGUUGUGUUGUGACAAGGUAGGGUGGGUAUACAGAAAAUAGCCCUAUUUGGUAAAAGACCAAGUCCAAAUUAUUAUGUCAAGAACAGCUCAAAUAAGCAAAGAGAAACGACAGUCCAUAAUUAAUAUAGGACAUAAAGGUCAGUUAAUCCGGAACAUUUCAAGAACUUUGAACGUUUCUUCAAGUGCAGUUGCAAAAACCAUCAAGCGCAAUGAUGAAACUGGUUAUCAUGAGGUACACCACAGGAAAGGAAGACCCAGAGUUACCACUGCGGCAGAGGAUACAUUCAUUAGAGUUACCAGCCUCAGAAAUUGCAGCCCAAAUAAAUGCUUAACAGAGUUCAAGUAACAGACACAUCUCAACAUCAACUGUUUAGAGGAGACUGCGUGAAUCAGGUCUUCAUGGUCGAUUUGCUGCAAAGAAACCAUUAUAAAGGACACCAAUAAUAAGAAGAGACUUGCUUGGGCCAAGAAACACGAGCAAUGGACAUUAGACCGGUGGAAAUCUGUCCUUCGGUCUGAUGACUCCAAAUGUGAGAUUUUUGGUUCCAACCGCCGAGUCUUUGUGAGACGCAAAAUAUGUGAACGGAGGAUCUCUGCAUCUGUGCUACCCACCGUGAAGCAUGGAGGAGGAGGUGUGAUGGUGUGGGUUUGCUUUGCUGGUGACACUGUCUGUGAUUUAUUUAGAAUUCAAGGCACACUUAACCAGCAUGGCUACCACAGCAUUCUGUAGCAAUACACAAUCCCAUCUGGUUUGCGCUUAGUGGGACUAACAUUUGUUUAUCAACAGGACAAUGACCCAACACACCUCCAGGCUGUGUAAGGGCUAUUUAACCAAGGAGAGUAAUGGAGUGCUGCAUCAGCUGACCUGGCCUCCAUAAUCACCCGACCUCAACACAAUUAAGAUGGUUUGGGAUGAGUUGGACCCCAGAGUAAAGGAAAAGCAGCCAACCAGUGCUCAGCAUAUGUGGAAACUCCUUCAACACUAUUGGAAAAGGAUUGCAGGUGAAGCUUGUUGAGAGAAUGUCAAAACUGUGCAAAGCUGUCAUCAAGGCAAAGGGUGGCUACUUCGAGGAAUCUAAAGUCUAAAAUAUAUUUGUAUUUGUUUAACACUUUUUCAGGUUACUGCAUGAUUCCAUGUGAGUUAAUUCAUAGUUUUGAUGUUUAAAAUAAAUACAACCUUGAAUGAGUAGGUGUCCAAACUUUUGACUGGUACUGUAUAUUUAAAAUAUAAUAACAUGUAUAUAAAUAUGUUAAUGUCAUUACCCAAUAGCCUGUAAAAAAUAAAUGUGGUCUUGUGUUGGCAAAUGCUUUAAUACAGUGCAUUCGGAAGGCAUUAAGACCCCUUCACUUUUUACACAUUUUGUUAUGUUACAGCCCUAAUCUAAAAUGGAUUAAAUACAUUUAUUCCUCUUCAAUCUACACACAAUACCCAUAAUGACAAAGUGAAAACAGGUGAAUUUAUUGCAAAUAAAAAACAGAAACCUUAUUUACAUAAUUAUUCAGACCCUUUGCAAUGAGCCUCGAAAUUGAGAUCAGUUGCGUCCUGUUUCUUACUUUUACCUUUAUUUUACUAGGCAAGUCAGUUAAGAACAAAUUCUUAUUUUCAAUGACGGCCAAGGAACAGUGGGUUAACUGCCUGUUCAGGGGCAGAACGACAGAUUUGUAUCUUGCCACCUUUCGGUUACUAGUCCAACACUCUAACCACUAGGCCACCUGCCGCCCCCUUUCCAUUGAUCAUCCUUGAGAUGUUUCUAAAACUUCAUUGGAGUCCACCUGUUGUCAAAUCAAUUGAUUCGACAUAAUUUGGAUAGUCACACACCACUCUAUGUAAGGUCCCACAGUUUACAGUUCAUGUCAGAGCAAAUGGGUCAAAGGAAUUGUCUGUAGAGCUCCAGC